AAAGAGCGAUAAAUUUGCGUAAAACUGCGAAAAAUAACGAAAAAUAGCGAAAAAUCAACACAAGCCCAGCCGAAAAUAUGUGCCACAUAUCCCGAAAAGCAAUUAAACUGUGGGCAAAUCCGAAACAUAUCCAACCCGAAUCCUCUCGCAUAUCCAAAUAUCAGCGACCUCGAACAAAUACAUAAACAUAUCGGGCUAAAACUCUCAGUCAGGGCCAACAUGAGAGCCACCUCCAACAGCCAAUGGCUGCUCCGUUUUUGGGUGCUCUUGCUGCUGAACGUCCUGCCCACCUGGCACCUCUUGCAGGCGGAGAGCCAGGUGGUGGGCGACAUAGCCUACCUGGAGACGGAGAUGGAGCAGGAGGACCACCAUCCGGCAAGUCAUCAUCGCAUUAGUCACACCCGGAAUCACAACCGCGAGCACCUACAUCAUCGUCAGCGACAGCGCGGAAAGCACUUCCGGGGGAAGCACAUCAGGAGCCAUUACGAGAUGCUGCAGCUGGAGCAGCAGCAGCAGCAGCUGGGCAAACACUGGCGCCAGUGGGUGAAUCACCUGCAUCAGUCGCCGGAUUACGCCAGCGAUGAUCCAUCACCUUCGGCCGGUGGGGAGCUGCCCCACUUUGACCAUUUCGAUGUGGAGGACUACCAGCGCUAUGCCAACAUCGAGCUGGCGGCUCCACGCUCCGGACGCCAUCGGGGGCGACACCUGCCGCUGAACAACAAUCAGCUGCUGGACGGCAGCGGCAAGUACCUGCGAUCCCUGCCGGACUCGGUGAAUUUCCAGGACCGUUUGUACCCAACCCAGCCCCAGAGGCACUGGCCGGUGAAGCGGGAGGCCAUUGUCGAGGGUGAUGUAAUCCUGGGUGGCCUGAUGAUGGUCCAUUCGCGGGAGGACAGCAUCACCUGCGGGCCAAUAAUGCCUCAGGGCGGCAUUCAAGCCUUGGAGGCCAUGCUCUUCACGAUCGACCGGAUUAACCGGGAGCAGCUGCUGCCCAAUAUCACCCUGGGCGCCCACAUACUUGACGACUGCGACAAGGAUUCGUAUGGCCUGGAAAUGGCAGUGGAUUUCAUUAAAGGAUCCAUCAGCAAUAUUGAUGAUGCGGAAUAUCACUGCAACAAGACGCAAGUGCGGAAGGUCAUCUCGGGGGUGGUGGGCGCCGCCUCCUCGGUCACAUCCAUUCAAGUGGCCAAUUUAUUGCGCUUAUUCCGCAUUCCUCAGGUGUCCUACUUCUCGACCAGCCCCGAGCUGAGCAACAAACAGCGAUUCGAGUACUUCUCCCGCACGAUUCCCUCGGAUCACUACCAGGUGAAGGCCAUGGUGGAGAUUGUCAAGCGGAUGGGCUGGAGCUACGUCUCGAUUAUCUACGAGGAGAGUAACUAUGGCAUUAAGGCCUUCGAGGAGCUGGAGGAGCUGCUUGCACGCCAUAACAUUUGUAUUGCCAUCAAGGAGAAGCUCGUGAAGGAUUCGGGAGUGGCCGAGGACAUCGCGUACGAUAAUAUCGUGCAGAAGCUGCUGACGAAGCCGCGGGCCCGAGGGGCAAUUAUCUUUGGAUCGGAUCAGGAGGUGCGACAGGUAAUGCGGGCGGUGCGACGGGCAAAUGCAACUGGUUCCUUCUCCUGGAUUGGCUCCGAUGGCUGGAGUGCCCGCAAUCUCGUGUCCGACGACUACGAGCCGGAGGUUGAAGGCACGCUGUCUGUGCAGCCGCAGGCGAAUCCUGUUCGCGGGUUCGAGGAGUACUUCCUCAGUCUCACGGUGGAGAAUAACCAGCGGAAUCCCUGGUUUGUAGAAUUCUGGGAGGAUCAUUUCCAGUGCCGUUAUCCUGGCAGCACCAGCACUCCGUACAACAACUACACCAAGCAGUGCACCAAAAAGGAGCGACUCUCGCGCCAGAACACGGACUUUGAGGAUCAGCUGCAGUUCGUCAGCGAUGCGGUCAUGGCCUUUGCCUAUGCCUUGAGGGACAUGCACCGCGACCUGUGCGGCGGAGGUCCUUCGCUCUGCGAGGCCAUGAAGCCGACCAAGGGCGCUGAUUUGCUCAAAUAUUUGCGGAAAGUGGAGUUUGAGGGCCUCAGCGGCGACGAGUUCCGCUUUGACGGCAACGGCGACGGCCCGGCGCGGUACAACAUCAUCCACUUCAAGCAGUCCCAGGCCGGCCAAUACCACUGGGUCAAGGUGGGCGAGUACACCGAGGGCGAGCUGCGCCUCAACAUGUCAGAGGUGAAGUUCAAGCGACUGAGUCCUAAGCCGCCCGAGUCCGUCUGCAGUUUGCCAUGCGAACUGGGCCAGGCCAAGAAGUACGUCGAGGGCGAGAGCUGCUGCUGGCACUGCUUCAAUUGCACAACCUAUCAAAUCCGACACCCGGAUGACGAGACCCAUUGCAAGCUGUGCAAGCUGGGCACGCUGCCGGAUGCCCACAAACAGUACUGCCGCCCCAUUCCGGAGAUAUAUCUACGUCCGGAGUCAGCCUGGGCCAUUGGAGCGAUGGCGUUUAGCGCGACCGGCAUACUGGUAACGCUCUUUGUCAUGGGCGUGUUUGUCAGGCACAAUGACACGCCCAUCGUACGGGCCUCGGGCCGGGAGCUGAGCUACAUCCUGCUGGCCGGCAUUUUCAUGUGCUACGGCGUCACCUUUGCCCUGGUCCUGAAGCCCACGAACAUAGUGUGUGCCAUUCAGCGGUUCGGCGUUGGCUUCUGCUUCACGGUCGUCUAUGCCGCGCUUUUGACCAAAACGAACCGGAUUGCGCGCAUCUUCAAAGCGGGCAAACAGUCCGCCAAGCGACCCUCGUUCAUCAGCCCCAAGUCCCAGCUGGUUAUAUGUACGUGCCUGGUCAGUGUGCAGAUACUCAUCAACGGCGUUUGGAUGGUAAUUGCACCAUCACAUGCCAUGCAUCAUUAUCCCACACGCGAGGAUAACCUGCUCGUCUGCGACUCCUACAUCGACGCCUCCUACAUGAUUGCGUUCUCCUACCCAAUAUUCCUGAUUCUAAUUUGCACAGUCUACGCGGUGCUCACGCGAAAGAUUCCGGAGGCCUUCAACGAAUCGAAGCAUAUUGGCUUCACCAUGUACACAACCUGUGUGAUUUGGCUGGCCUUUGUGCCGCUCUACUUUGGCACCGCCAACCAUGUGCCGCUCCGUAUUACCAGCAUGUCGGUGACCAUCAGCUUGUCCGCCAGCGUGACCAUCGCCUGCCUCUUUUCGCCCAAGUUGUACAUAAUACUCAUACGCCCCGAGCGCAACGUGCGCCAAAGCAUGAUGCCGCCGCGCUAUGGCAACAUGCACCGCACCGCUGGAACAGGCCCCUCCUCGAUGAUGGCCGCCGCCGUGGUGACCGCUGCCACCUGCGCGCAGGAGGAGAAGAUCCAGAAGCAUAUCACGCCCACAAACACGGAGCACUCGCUCAAGACGAAAAAACUGUGCGAAAUGGCCACGCAGACGAUUUCCAGUAUUAUCACGUCGCUGGACAUUAACGCCUACAACCAGAUACCAUAUGCCGAUCAAUAUGUGCCAAACAAUACCACAACGGCCACGACCACGCCCACGGAAAAGGGCAGUGGCAACGGCAAUGGCAACGGCAAUGGCAACGGCAAUGGCAACGGCAAUACCAACAGCAAUGGCGGUAACAAUAGCAAUAGCAAUGGCAAUGGAUGUGGCGACGAGGCUGCGGAGCAAGUGGUGGCCAACAAUAACAAAAUCAAUCAGCGGCAACAUGGCCAGGCGGUGGUGGGCUUUGCCCUGGCACCAACAACAGCAAACAAUCACAUAAGCGGCCCAGUAACAGCAGCCGUUGCAACAACAGCAGAACCGGCAGCAGCUACAAAUACAAUGGGAGCAGCGGGAGUUGCAACAGCAACAGCUGGAACGGGGUGCGAUGUAAACGAGACCACAUCCCUGGGAGUCAACAAUGGUCAGCAUGGCAAUGGAGGCCAAAGGCCGCCGGUUUUGCAAACAAACUUAUAGCUAAACGCACAGCAAUUGCAGCAGCAGUUGCUGAAGGAGCAGCAGCGACAGCAGCAGGCCGAGUUGCAGCAGCAGCAGCAACCUGCCACACAAAGCUCUUCCAGCGAUGCAGGCAGCACGGGCAGCGGCACUGCCACCAAGAAGCGAGCCGCCAUUCCCGUUUAGGCCGCCAUCGGGGAUUCCCCCGCCCCAACAAUACGUAAGUUAAAGCGUCUAGAGAUGUGCCAGGAGACAGGACAGAGAAUAAGAGAUGUCAGGAGUACUAUCUUCCCGAUUGUAUUCCUUCCCAACUCAAUCGAGUUUGAAGCCCUUUGUUAAGUCUUUCGAUUAAGUGUUUCCUCGGCUUCUCAGUAAAUAAAUCAAAUAUUGUAAGUAAAAUAAUUGCUGUGGCAUGUACAUUUCCACGAUCCUUGUAAAUUGAAGACCCUUGAGAAGUAAGCAGGCAAGAGUGAACUGAAUUUGUAAAGCCCAAAGAAGUAUAUAGGUCAGCUUGAUAGACAUUUUUUCGUAAUUCUUCCCAAAUACAAGUAAAUACGAGUGUAAGCAUUAACGAGAGUUAUAUGUCAUCCCUUUAAAUACUAUCAAUAAGUGUUUAACUCUUAAGCUUAUCUAGUUUUCUAAGCGUUGUUUCAAAACAGUUCCGAACGAAACAAAAAAUGCAAAAAAUGUGAUAUAAUUUCAAAAAUGUGUUUUCUACAACCAGAGCGACUAGCGAACUAUCUGAAUAGUGUGAAAUUACGUAGCAUAAGCCAGGCAAACGCUGUACAGUGAGCACCGGGAGAGGAGGGAUUUUUUUGCGAGGGCGCAAUUAUGUUGCAAAAGGG